GAAUUUUUACUAGAGCAAAGGUAACAGAUAAUGUAAUCUGGAGAUAAAAAUAUGAGUUCGCCGCUUUGAAAUUAUUCAUCAUUUGUUAUCGUUUGCUCAAGACGUGUUCCGCCUUCAAGAGAGAUGAAGAAUAUUUAUUUAUUCUGUGUUUUCUUCUUCACUUUCAUGGCAAUAUUACAUGGAGCCAGGUCUGCAAAAUCAGGUUGCUUGGAAAAGGAGAAAGCUCUAGCUUUACUUGAAACAGCUGAAAAUUUUCUGACGAAAGCACGAUACAAUUAUCCGUCUUGCAAAAAGAAUUUAAACUCCACAGAUGAGGCAGAUUGUGAUAGUGAAAAAUCUUUGGCCUACAUUGAAAUUUCAAAGAAGCUGAUUUCCGAUGUAAGAGAAAACUUCCCAUCAUGUUCUAAGCCUAGUGUAAAUGACGAUCAAGAUGACGUAAAAGAGGAGAAACACAGUGACUGUUCUGAAAUUCUAGAAACUGGGAAAAAUAAAAGUGGAGUCUACACAAUAUGGCCGAGGGACUUUCCAGCUGAAAAGUCACUGAACGUCUAUUGUGAUAUGGAGAAAGAUGGGGGAGGAUGGACGAUGAUUCAAAGAAGAGGGAAAUACCCUGUUCAACAGGAUUUCAAUCUAGAUUGGGAAAGCUAUAAGAAUGGUUUCGGGAACUUAACAGAAGAGUUUUGGCUAGGUAAUGAAAACAUUCGUCUUUUGUGCCUGAAAGGAUGUAAAAUCCGUUUCGAUCUUCAAGAUGGAAAAGGAGUAGAAUAUUUUGCAGUUUAUCAGAACUUUAACUUGACAACCAACAAUUACCUCAUUAAUAUCAGUGGCUACUCAGGAAAUGCAACUGACGCAAUGCAUCGUCUGAAUCUAUCUGAAUUUUCUACAAAAGAUAGAGACUCCAGUGGCAAAGCUAAGGAAUAUCAGUCAGGAUGGUGGUAUGGAGGAAAUUACUAUAGCAAUUUGAAUGGCAUCUACCAACCAGGUAAAAAUGGCAAACAAUACGUUUACUGGUGGAAAUCGUCAAAUGACUAUAACAAUUUGGCAUCCGUGGAAAUAAAAGUGAAGCCAAACUAAAUCGAACCUGCAUUAUGCGAAAAUGCGUUUCCAUUCAUUUAUAUGCUACUUGCUAUGCUAUAGCAUGAUGUAAUUCAAUAAAAAAUGUCUUGAUUUGUAUUGAAAAAUAAAGCAUAAUUAUUUUUUAAUAAAAGGAAUAA